GAAAGGACAAAUUGUGUGUAUGAGUGCAAUGUUGUCUCAAAAACGAGUUACAUAUUGUAUACUGAUUUUUAAAUACUUGACUUACACCUCUCUGAAAAGUGCAGUAAUCACUGGUGUUCUAUUCAUCUUGUGCUAAGUGACUACAUUUAUUUUCGUUUGGCAUGUAUCUUUUUGUUCGUGUCAACUGUCAUAGAAGAUGCUGCACUUGUGCUGCGAUGUGAACGUGAGAGUUAAAUUGCAAUGAAAAAGAAAGUUGGAUAGUUUUAUAUGUUUCGUUAAAACAUGACUGCAGCCUUGUCUUGUGCACAUUGUAUAAUAUUCUUUACAAGAUGUGGUUGCAUUUUUAGAAAAACUUUAACAGAAAGUGCUUAUUUAUGCCAUUACCGGCUGCAUCGCUGGGAUAGCAGAUAUGUAAACUUCAACAUCGGUGUGAAAACAGUAUGUAUUAGACGCAUCACGGAUGUUUACACGAACUGCCCUGUAAGAUGUGCAUCUUCCAAUCAACCUAAUAUAUUAAACGUGUUUAACAGACCAAUGAAAAGAAAACAGAAAAACUGGGCAGCCUCACUUCUGGAUGGUGAAAAAUAUGACUAUAUUAGAGAGGAGGUUAGUGGAAGAAUUGCUGACCGUGUCUUUGAUGUGGCUAGAACAUUUCCUGUUGCCCUAGAUAUUGGCUGUGGCAGAGGUUAUAUUGCUCAGCACUUAACCAAGGAAACGGUGGGAAAACUAUUUCAAGUAGAGGUUGCUGAAAAUGCUCUGAAAAAGGCAGUAAAGUCUGAAAUUCCAACAUUUAAUAUCUUAGCAGAUGAAGAAUUUCUUCCUUUCAAAGAAAACACGUUUGACCUUAUAGUCAGCAGUUUGAGUUUGCACUGGGCGAAUGAUCUUCCAGGAGCCUUUAGGCAGAUUUAUUAUGUCCUUAAACCUGAUGGUGUAUUUCUUGGAGCAAUGAUUGGAGGUGAUACUUUGUAUGAACUCCGUUGUUCCCUACAGCUUGCAGAACAAGAGAGGGAAGGAGGCUUUUCACCUCAUAUUUCACCUUACACUGCUGCCACUGACCUGGGGAAUCUGCUGGGACAAGCUGGAUUCAACUUACUCACACUGGACACUGAUGAAAUUCAGGUGAAUUAUCCUGGGAUGUUUGAUGUCCUGGAAGAUUUGAAAGGUAUGGGUGAAAGCAACUGUUCUUGGAACCGAAAGCCUUUGCUCCACAGAGAAACUAUGCUGGCAGCUGCAGCAAUAUAUCAAGAAAUGUAUGGAAAUGAUGAUGGAUCUGUACCUGCAACAUUUCAGAUUUUUUACAUGAUUGGCUGGAAACCUCAUGAAUCACAGGCAAAACCUGCAAAACGAGGUUCUGGAACCGUUUCCUUCAGCGAUAUUGGCCGUGUACAUGAACUUCAGUCAAGUCCUACAGAAAAUGAAAAUCCGUGAUUUGUGUUUUUAAUCCAUAGCACUCUUAAAAAAUAAUAAAAAUUGCAGAAUGGUUUGUCAGUGUGUUAUGUAUAACUGAACCAUAGCUAUUUGCAAGGAAUGGUUGAUUCAGUUUUUACCCAUGAGCAUAUGCUUGGUAGAGGCACUGAGGAUGCAUAGUGUUUAUUAUUUUCAGACUUUAUAUUUAGUUUUCUUAGAGUUAUAUUAUUAAUUGUGCAGCUGGCUAAAUAAGGAAGGAAAAUAUUUAUUCACCCUUCAUGCAGCAUGUGUAAAGAUCCACACUAUAACAUCUUAUCAUGAAUAACAGCGUUAACCAGUUAUGAAGGAUGGAACAAUGCAUAGAACAGUGGUAAAAUAAAUUGUGUAUGUAAUAUAAGAAAACAA